CUCCCCCGACUGCGCCGCUGGGAGAAACUUGGGGACUAUAAGAAGCAGCAGGAACAGCGGCACCAGAGGAGAGCGAGGCAGCGGGAGGGGAGCGAGCCAGCCCCGAAGGGAGCAACGCCGAGGGCUGGGGAGCCCUCAGACAGAGGCCAUGUCCUCCUCCAUCAGAAUUGAACCUGUCAUGAAGGAGAAGAACAGGAUGGGAGAGUGCCCGGUCUGGGAGGAACGGGAGGACGCGCUCGUCUACGUCGAUAUUAACUCCCAGAAAGUCUGCCGCUGGAGCGCGGUCACCGGCGAGGUGCAGAGCGUGUCUGUGGAUGCCCGCGUCGGCUCGGUGGCACUGCGGCAGUGCGGGGGCUACGCCAUCGCCCUGGGGACCAGGUUUGCCUUUCUGGACUGGGACACCCAGGCGGUCACCACCAUCCUCGAGCUCGAGCAGGAUAAGCCCAACAACAGGUUCAAUGACGGGAAAGUGGAUCCAAAGGGGAGGUUUUUUGCUGGUACGAUGGCUGAAGAGACAUCGCCGGGAGUCCGAGCGAGACGACAAGGGGCUCUCUAUACUCUUUUCCCUGAUCUUUCGGUAAUAAAACAGUUAGACCAGGUGGACAUCUCCAAUGGUCUGGAUUGGUCCCUGGACCACAGGACCUUCUUUCACAUCGACAGCCUGGCAUACGCUGUGCAUGCCUUCAGCUAUGAUGUGCACACUGGAAAGAUCGCCUGCCCCAGGCUCGUGUACCGCUUGGAGGAGGAGGAGGGGAUGCCCGACGGGAUGUGCAUUGAUGCCGAGGGGAAGCUCUGGGUGGCCUGCAUCGACGCCGGGAGAGUGAUCCGUGUCGACCCAGAGACGGGAAAAAGAAUCCAAACUGUGAGGCUGCCGACGCCGAGGAUCACCUCCUGCUGCUUUGGUGGGAAAGACUACGCAGAGAUGUACGUGACGUCUGCCUACGAUGGGCUGGAUGAGGCCACCCUCGCCAAGGAGCCCCACGCAGGAAAGAUUUUCAAGAUAACAGGCCUGGGUGUUAAAGGGAUCCCCCAGAAUUUCUUUGCUGCUUGAACGCUAACACUAAAUAACAAAAAUAACAACUGAGAAGUGCUUGCAUCUUGUAGUAAUUCUGAAAAGGAGAAGUCCGAUGAACUACAGAACUCAUCUGUGUGAGGAUUUCUAAAUCCAUGCUUGAGAAGGUUAUUGGAAUUGAAGAUAUUGCUAUACAAUAGGUUGGAGAGGUAAAGUUAAUGUGUUACAUUGUGAUAUCUUUUGUGACUUCAUGUAAAAUGCUUCAAGCUCAAGCUUAGGGGUUUUUUUGAGCUUUCUGAUGACCAGUUUUGGAUUUUUGUGUCUGUGUUGUUCCUGAAGCAGAUAUGACUCCUGGUUUGUCUCUUCAUGAUACAGUGAUGGAGCAGCAAUGAUAUGGCAGAUUUUAAUAUAUGUUUUGAGUGUGAUGCCUGGAACUGGACUGCUGCUCUGCUGUGGAAUUUCCUCCAGGGUAUUUUCUUAGCGAUCAGACUUAUUUGUAGUACUCAGGCUCCAAUUGUAGAUCCUUGCUGGCCUGCUUCCAUUUGCUUUGUCACAAAUUUUUCUGUCUUGUCUUUAGGACACCAUUUACACAUUGAAAAU